AUGCCGGACUGGAAUAGCCCACACGCGUUGGAAUCGCAGGCGGUUGCGCUGCAGAGGCUAUCACUCGUGUUCAUCGGGAUCUACUUCUACGAAUUCGCGCAUUGGAUGGGCUUCGACUGGAUGCUAUUGACGAAGAAAGAGUCAAAGCGCACGGUCCUAGCCAGGAGCGUCAAAUGGAUCUACAUCGCAUGCAGAUACACAACACUGGCUGCAUGCAUCUGCCUUGCCUUUAUGAAUCUGUCGUAUGUCUCUUUCAACUGCCAGGCGUUCAUGGUCAUCCUCAAUCUGACUGGAUUCCUCACGGCAGCCACUGGAACGUUGCUACUCUUCGUUAGGGUAGGAGUCAUCUGGGAGUGGAGGAAGUGGGUCACUGUGACCUUCUCCCUUGUAUACCUAGCCUCAAUCGCCUUCGCUUUACGCUCUGUCAUAUUGAUUCGCGCAGUCUAUGAGUCGAGCCCCAUCGGCUCGUUCUGCGCCACAACGUCGGCUUUUGGGUUGAACAGACGGAACAUACUCUUAACGCUCAUCAUGGACGUCGGUUUGGUUGUGUCGCUGUUCUGGGGGUUGACGCGGUGGGGCGAGGCGCGCCAUGCGGGCUCUAGUGUAUGGCUCAUCCUGUGGAAUCAGAACAUGACAUACUUGGUGCUUGCGAUAGCUUUGGAAGUACCAAUGACGGUCUUCUUCUUCCUCAAUUACAAUGAGUUCAUGGAUCUGAUGUUCACUGUACCGGAGACUAUGAUCCUACCCAUCGCUGCCACGCGGUUCUAUCGCUCGUUGACGAACUUCACAGGCAAUCGCAACAACCACGCUUACGAGUCAACUGUUGUUCAGCCUCGGGUGCCACGAGUAGACAUCAGAGCACGGAAGGAUGCGCGCACUGAGAAUCUGUUCAUAGUGAACGGUGGCGAUAUGAUGAUGUCUGAGAUCGUGAAGUAG